AUGUCUUUCGACGUGGUUAUCCUAGAGAGGUUCAUGCAUCACUGCUACUACGGCUUGGUGCACAAGCUGGGAUCCCCUCCGACGGUUGGCUUCGUCUCUCUGGGCGCUCCCAGCCCGGCACUAGCAGCGCUGGGAAAUCCCAACAACCCCUCCUGCUCCCCUGAUAUAAUGGUCGGAUACUCGGACCACAUGUCCUUCUGGGAGAGGCUGUAUAAUGCGUACGUAACAGCACGCUUCCAUUACAUAUGGAAUUAUAAAAUGAUAUCAGAUCAAGAAGAGGUACUUAAAAAGCAUUUCGGCGAUGAUCUCCCCCCUAUACGUGAUUUUGAGAGAAACUUCAGCCUCCUUCUUGUAAACAAUCACUUCAGCAUGAACUAUCCACGACCGAGACUGCCUGGUGUGAUAGAGCUGACGGGACUGCAUCUAGAAAGAGAGCGGAAGCCACUUCCACAGAGUUUCCUCGACGGUGCAAAAGACGGAGUGAUUUACUUCAGUCUCGGUAGCAACGUGAGAGCCAGUGCGAUGCCAGAAGACAAGAGGCGAGCCUUCCUGUCGGCUUUCUCGCAGCUUCCACAGCGCGUUCUGUGGAAGUGGGAGAUGGAUAACCUCCCUGGGCAGCCGGAGAACGUCAUGAUAGCCAAAUGGCUGCCCCAGCAGGACGUCUUGGCACAUCCGAACAUUCGUCUGUUCAUCACCCAGGGAGGACUCCAGAGCAUGAAUGAAGCAAGCUACUUCGCUGUGCCCUUGAUUGGAAUUCCUUUCAUGGGGGACCAGCAGCACAAUGUAGCUAAAAUGGUACAAGCUGGAGUGGCAUACCGGCUGCAGUUUAAGGAUGUUACGACCGAUACCGUUCUCAAAGCCAUUCACACCAUCCUUGACGAUAAAAGCUACAAGGAGAACAUGAAGCGGUUCUCGGCGGUAUUCCGUGAGCAUCAGGAGGGAUCACUGGACAAGGCUGUCUGGUGGAUCGAGUACGUGAUCCGCCACAAUGGUGCCCCACAUCUGCGCACUGCAGCCCUCGACCUGAGCUGGUGGCAGCUGCUGUUGGUCGACGUCAUCGUCUUCAUGGUUGCGACGGCGUCCAUUUUGGUCUACCUGCUGUACAAGGCAAUUUGUUACUGCAGAAGCUUACCACGUGCAUAUAUGAAACAGAAGAGGUCAUGA